AUGUCGACGGGGCCGUCGCCAUCGUCAGAUGCGGACCUUGCUCCUUUACCCGCAUCCAAUGGUCACACCCAUAGCCAUAGUCGCAGUCGCGGCCACACUCGCUCCCGCUAUGCACAACCACCGCCUCUCGUCCUGGGAGUCAAUGUGAACGGAUCGCAAGCGCCAGAGACUACAAAUCCUGUCAACGGAGGCCAUUCUCACGGUCACGCCUCUCAACAUUCGCACUCCCACAAGCACUCACAUUCUCACUCAUCCCACGAUCAUCAUGGCCAUACCCAUGCGCAUAGCCACUCGCAUGCCCACAACCACAGCGUGGCUUCAAUCCACGACUUUUCGCAUUCGCAUUCACACAACCUGAGCUCGGUAUCAGAGGCGCACACAGAGAGUAGCCCUGAGAGACUACAUGAAAUAUUCGCCGGUUCCUUGAUCGCUUUACCCUGGGUUGCACUAUCCUGGUACCCUCACACAUGCGCAGAAGCUUGCCAAGCGCCAAGCGCUACAGGGAAGACUCCUCCGUUCGGAGGAAUUGGACAUGCUGGGCAGACGGCGGGCAUUCUGACUGCAUUCACGCUUCUGGCUUUUGGAUGUGGCCAGAUCAUGCGUAAACAUCAAACAGGAAGCCCUAUUUCCUCAACCAAGUUCCCCACACCCAAUACAAAGACCGCCCAAGCUGCAUUUUUGCAGGUAUGCUCGAUCGGACUUCCGAUUUACGCGUCGCUUAAAGUAGGAGGAUUCAUCGUUGCAUUUGCGUUGCUUCUGGCAACAGCAUCCGGGGUCCCGAACUUGGUGCAGACCGACCUACGUGGCUCGAGCACAGAGAAAUAUAGUCGAAAGGGUUUUACCAUUGCUCUGCUGGCCAGUGUGAUUGUGUUGGGCUUUUUCGGCUUGAAUCAGCCCUGGGACUCUUCCCCGUUCAUGGGGUAUCUAGCGCUUCUAACCUCUGUUUUUGUGCUUUCCCCACCUCUUCCCUCCCUUCGUCAUCAAGGACCUAUUCCAGAGCCUGGUCUGGUUGCGGAAUCGAUUUCCAAAGCCAAAUCGGCAGGUACCCGAUCGGCCGUCACGGUCACGACCGAUGCGCCUCUGGCGCUAGUUUCAGGAGCCUCUCUCCUUGCUCUGGGGAUGAUCAUUUCCCGAGGACUGCCCUUUCCAUUAUCAGACCUGCUCUACAUUUUAAUCCCGGCUGGACUGUUGGCGAUCUCCUUGGAGGUUUCAUUCCCAACUGGUCUUCGUUCUGCGAAGAAGCAGGGACUGGCCGUAUGUACCGGAGCUGCCGCUAUUCUCUGCUCCCCUCACAUCCGGGAUGAGAAGCUGCUAGUUUACACCGUACAUUGCAUCUUGGCUGUUGCCUCAUUCUUUGCUUCAAGAAUGGAUGAUAGCCACCUCCGCUCGGACGAUCAUUUGCAUAACCAUUCGCACAAUCACACGCACAACCACUCUUCUACCCCCGAGUCUACUACUCGGAUCACGAAAUGGGUCAUCCAUCGUAGUGAACCAUAUCCCUUGCUUUAUAGCAUUGUGAAAGAGAAGGAUUCCCGCAGCAUUUUCUACUUCAUGUGCCAUGAUACUGACGUUCAAAGUCUGAAUUUUGCAUUCAUGCUCGUCCAACUCUCCUAUGGCUUUGUGACGGGGUCUCUUGGCCUUCUCAGUGACAGUAUCCAUAUGUUUUUUGACUGUCUCGCUCUGGUCGUAGGACUCUGUGCUGCAGUCAUGAGCAAAUGGCCACCCAACGCCCGCUUCCCAUAUGGUUACGGAAAGGUCGAUACCUUGUCCGGGUUUGCCAAUGGAAUUUUCCUCAUGAUUAUAAGCGUGGAGAUUAUUUAUGAGGCGGUAGAGCGUUUGUCCUCGGGUAGUGAAAUGAAUCGCCUCGGCGAAUUGUUGGCAGUUAGCUUUGCUGGCUUGCUCGUCAACUUGGUCGGUAUUUUCAGCUUCGAACAUGGUCAUCACCACGGCCAUGACCAUGGCCACGAUCACGGCAAUGAGAACAUGCACGGUAUCUUCUUGCACAUUCUUGCUGAUACGCUUGGCUCCGUGGCUGUGGUCAUUUCCACCAUACUUGUACAUUAUUCAGGCUGGGCGGGAUAUGAUCCUCUCGCCUCGUGCUUCAUUGCCAUCCUGAUCUUUGCCUCGGCUGUCCCACUGGUCAGCAGUACGGCUAAAUCCUUGCUUCUAGCAUUGCCAGCGGAUACGGAGUAUAACGUUCGUGAAACCCUAGCGGGUGUCAGCACCUUGCGGGGAGUUGUUGGAUAUACUGUGCCUAAAUUUUGGCUUGAUGAUACGGGUUCGUCUGACCACGCCCACGACCACGCACACGGUCACGACCACACCGAUCAUUGCCACAGCCAUGAUCACGGCCAUCAUGAUCACGGCCAUCACGAUCACGGACACGAUCACAACCAUGAUCAUGACCAUAGCCAUAGCCAUGAGCCGAAUGCUCAAAAUGUGUUUGGCGUCAUUCACGUCAUUGCCUCUCGCGGCUCGGAUCUCGAAGAUGUCCGACAGAGAACGGUGGACUAUCUCAAAGACAAACACGUGGAUAUUGUGGUCCAGGUGGAGCGAGAUGGAGAAGGUCGCUGUUGGUGUGGCGGAGGAAACAAGGGUUUCUAA